UCCGAUUUAUCAAUUAGAAAGAAAAAGGUAUAGAAGUGAAACAACGAAAAAAUAAAAAAUUAUGUGGCGGGAAAAUAAAAAUGUCACAGAACAAAAUCGGAUUCAUCGACAGUGUGUAGAAAUUCUCAGUUUCCCUCUCUUUUUUCAAAGCGGUUUUCAAUGGAGUCCGAUUCAGAUUCCGACGGUUCUCAUAUCUCCGCCACUCCCCCAAGAGACCUCAAACCCUCAUCGCCACCACCACCGCCUCCAGAGAAGUCUCAGUCUCAUCCACGUUCUGCUUUUCUAUCCAGCAAAUCCAGAAUUCUGAGCAAACCUCCAUCCUCUCGCUCUAAUUCCAUUCCAAAACCCAAAAACCACUCUCCCCAAUCCAAUGCAACCGUUUCGAAGGCCACCCGACCCGACCCACCACCGUCCGACCCAUUUCCAUUUCCCCCACCUGCUUCCACUCUACCUUUCAAAAUCCACCGCUGGCCGUCCAUUCAGAACAUCGCGGUUUCUGCCUCCGAUUCGCUAGAGACCCUUCCCGCCGGUUACUUCUCGAAGUCCUCGUCGUUCUCGAGAAUUCGACGAGCAAGUAUCGAUUUUGAUUGCGUAGAAGCCUACCCAGACCCAUCAUCUCCUUCUCCGGCGCUAAUUCCACGGCCGGAUGUCGAGACUGGUGGUGGGUCUGAUUGCUUGGUGGAAGAUUGGUUACCGGCAGAGCUCAAAGAUGAAGUAGCAGUAAGCUCUGCCAAAUCGGCGAAAGCCGGAAAGAAGCAUUCCAAUUUGAUCGGUGGAAACGUGCCAAUGCCGCCGGUGAAACUGCGAAAAUGCGGAGGCGGCGAAGGCAACUUUGUUAAGCUGAACUUGAACCGCAAUAAACGCAAAUUCAUGAACAAGAAUAGAAGAGGGAAUAGGAAUUCAUCGGGUGGUCGCAAAUAUUACAGGAGUAAGAAGAAGUUGAAAACAGAACGUGGAGGAAAUGAGACUGAGAGUGUUUGUGAAGAAGGAGGUUUGGCUCCAGACUCGAUACCACAGCAGAAUCAAAACAAAGAGACCCAAAGAACGAAAAUUAACAGUGAGCUGGUCGAAGAGGCGGUUUUGGCAGUGAGAAACGAGGCUUCGGAUGAGAAUUUGGUCAAGUUGUUGAGGCUGACUCAUGGGUACUCUUCGUUUCGAGAAGGCCAAUUAGAGGCAAUCAAGAUGGUGCUUUCUGGGAAGUCUUCGAUGCUUGUUUUGCCAACAGGCGCCGGAAAAUCGCUUUGCUAUCAGUUGCCUGCUUUGGUUUUACCUGGAAUAACUUUGGUUGUUAGCCCAUUAGUUGCAUUAAUGAUUGAUCAGCUUAAACAGCUUCCUCCAAUGAUUCAUGGUGGUCUUAUCUGUAGCACUCAGAAACCCGAAGAAGUUUCUGAGACAGUUAGGCGACUUCAAGAAGGAACCAUAAAGGUACUUUUUGUAUCACCAGAAAGAUUUUUGAAUGUGGAAUUUUUGUCAAUAUUUUCUGCUACUGUAGUUAUAUCGCUUGUUGUGGUUGAUGAAGCUCACUGUAUAUCGGAAUGGUCUCACAAUUUUCGGCCAUCAUACAUGAGGCUCAGAGCAUCGUUGCUUAAAGCAAAGCUCAAUGCUGACUGCAUUCUUGCAAUGACAGCUACUGCCACAACCACAACGUUGCAUGCUGUUAUGUCUGCUCUAGAGAUUCCUUCGACUAAUCUUAUUCAGAAGGCCCAGUUAAGGAACAAUUUUCAAUUGUCAGUAUCAUUGAGUAGAAAUAGAAUGAAAGAUCUGCUGGUGCUGAUAAAGUCUUCUCCACUUAAGGAAGUCCAAAGCAUCAUUAUAUACUGCAAAUUUCAGUUUGAAACUGAUACAAUAAGCAAAUACCUACGUGACAACAAUGUUUCUGCGAAGAGUUACCACAGUGGUAUCCCUGCAAAAGAUCGUAGUCGGACACAGGAGUUGUUUUGUGAUAACAAGAUUCGAGUGGUUGUUGCAACUGUGGCAUUUGGGAUGGGGCUUGACAAGAGCGAUGUUGGAGCUGUUGUUCAUUACAGUUUGCCAGAAAGCUUGGAGGAGUAUGUUCAGGAGAUUGGACGAGCUGGACGAGAUGGGAGGUUGUCCUAUUGCCAUCUUUUAUUGGAUAGUGAUACAUAUUUCAAGCUCCGCAGUCUUAUGUUCAGUGAUGGAGUAGAUAACUAUACAGUCAACAAAUUCCUUUGUCAAGUUUUCACCAAUGACAAAACUUUGCGUGGGAAAAUAUGUUCAUUAGUCAAAGAUUCUGCUUCUCGCAACUUUGAUAUGAAAGAUGAGGUGGUGCUCACACUACUGACAUACUUGGAAUUGGGUGAAGUGCAAUAUUUGCGUUUACUCCCACAAUUAAAUGUAACUUGCACUUUAAGUUUUCAUAAGACUCCCCCAGCUUUGCUUGCUGAACAGGAUGUUGUUAUUGCAGCAAUUCUGAAGAAAUGUGAAAUUAAGGAAGGGCAAUAUGUGUUUGACAUACCGACUGCGGCAAAUAGCAUCGGAUUUACAACCACUGACCUAUCAAAUCAGUUAUUGAGUCUAAAGUUGAAGGGAGAAGUAACAUAUGAGCUGAAGGACCAAGCCUUUUGCUAUACAAUUGUGGAAGUCCCUGCGAAUUUAUGUUCUCUAUCAGCACAUCUUACAAAAUGGUUAACAGAUAUUGAAAGUUGUAAGGUACGGAAGCUGGAUACAAUGUUUAAUGCUGCUAUAUUUGCUGUGAAUGAGUGUAAGAAGGCAAGUGGUUGCAGUGGCGUCCAGCACACAUCAUGUUUGCAAAGAAAAAUUUUGGAUUAUUUUAAUGACGAAGAUAACUGUGAUGUCACAACUAAGAUGGGUCAGAGCAGCCCAUUCUUGCGAGCAGAUAUAAAAGUCUUCCUGCAGGGUAAUUCACAGGCUAAAUUCACUCCCCGAGCUGUUGCUAGGAUAAUGCAUGGCAUUGGAAGCCCAGCUUAUCCUUCUACUGUUUGGUCUAAAACCCACUUUUGGGGAAGGUAUACUCAAUUAGAUUUCCUGGUCGUAAUGGAAGCAGCAAAAGCAGAGCUAAUUAAUUUUGUCAGGAAGGACGCAGUCUAGCUGUUAAGAAUCAUGCAUCAUGCUAUAUCAGAAGGGUAAUGAAGAUAAACAACAUAGGAGGAACAUCGACUAAACAAUUUGACCUGCAAAUGACAUAUAUCUAUGGUUUCACUCAUCAUAGCAAUGCAGGUGGAUGACCAAAACAAGAAAAACAGUAAUUCAGGUGUGCUUCCCCACCCUUCCCCUAUCUUUCUUUCCCUAUAUGGGUUUCAGUUAUGCUUCACCCAACCAGCCUCUAGCCUCAUCACCAAAAAACUAGCCUCUAGCAUACUAAUUGAUUUUAAUUUGGCAGAAGAUGAUCCAUAUGUUGGACUAUGAAAAAGAGUAAAUGAAUCUUAAUAUAUGAUCACAGAUUGUUUCGAGCAGAGGGAUCAAAUAAAAAAAUUUCUGGACAUCAGACAGUGAAGUAAAAAAUUUAUCUGCUGCUUUUGCCAUUGUUUUUUGACAGGGAAGAGAGAGCCUUAAAUCUGUAGAAACAGUAAGAAAAAGCUCCAGCUUGACAAUGGAAGCUUUUUUGGUUUUCUAUGCAGCCACUAACUAUAUUUGAGAGUGUUGCAUCUCUAUGGUUGUAUCCCGUAAAGAAGAGUUGAAAUUGAUAUAGGAUAGGAUAGAUUGUAUUCAAGUGCUCGGCCUUUAAGUCAUUGGCUGAGAUCAAUAGGCUGUUUAUGUCUCAGUAGAUUCUGUAAUAAUGCCAAUAUAAUAAUGACAAUAAUUAUUGCAAUAAUCUAAAGUAAUAAUUAUGUUUUACUGUUUUAGCAA